AUGUUUCUGCUGCAGACUGUGACUGUUAUUUCUCUGACUGUCGUUCUCCUGGACGCAGUGGAAGGUGAUGGGGUACAGAUGCAGAGAGACGUUCAGUGCUGUAUGCAGUACUCCCAGGGGAACGUGCGCACCAAAGACGUGCUGAGACUGUACACCAAGAAGGCGGUGAAGUGUGCUGACCCCAGAGAUAGAAGGGUCAAGAGGUUACUGAGGAAGCUGCUCCAGAGGCAGAGGACCAAAGCACAUAGAACCAUGUGGCUCCACCCUCAUGGCAACCUGCCAGUCAUGUCGGAGAGAGAGUGGUAA